AUGAAUCGUUUAUUAUUGUCUUUCAUUGUACCUCGUUAUGGUCAAGCAAUUCAUACCAUACGUAUACAAUCAAUUCAGUUAUUUUCUUCAAAUCUUUCUCGACAAUAUUCAUCUAUAAUUCGUUUACCAUCCAAUACAUCAUCAACAUAUCAUCGAAGAUAUGCAUCGGUUCCUCGUUCGAAAGUUUCUCAAAUAACAAAUUCUGAUGAAUGGAUAACUAGUUCAACAUCAUCAAUUAAACAAAACGAAAAAACAAAUAGCAACAUUAUUAAUCUUGCAACAUCGACAACAUCAGAACCAUUUUGUGAUCCACCCAUAAAAGCUGAUGAUAUCGAUUCAAAGCAUACAUUUAAAGAAACUGAACAAGAACUUGCUAUACUUCCGACAGAUUUAAAUAAAAAUGCACAUGUUUCAUUAAAACAAUUAUGUGAUUAUUAUACAAGAUUAUCAAAGAAAAAUCUCACUAUUCUUGUGGCAACAACAGCAGCUUAUGGUUUUAUUGUAGCUCCUCUUCCAAUUAAUAUUCCACUACUUGCAUGUGUUACACUUGGAACAGUUUUAACAUCAGCUUCAGCAAAUACGAUCAAUCAACUUAUGGAAAUUCCUUAUGAUGCACAAAUGAAACGCACACGUAAUCGAGUGCUUGUACUCGGUCAAAUGAGUUAUCGGCAUGCUACUGGUUUUGCAGCUGUAACAUUAGUUUCAGGUGUAACUAUUCUUACAUUAGGCUGUAAUGCUUUAACUGGUAUUCUUGGAUUAUCGAAUUUUUUACUUUAUACAUGUAUUUAUACGCCGAUGAAACGAAAACAUAUUAUUAAUACUUGGUUAGGAUCAAUUGUUGGAGCAAUACCACCUGUUAUGGGUUGGACUGCAUGUACUGGUUCUAUAGACUCAGGUAAGUAA